AGAAGAUUAGAAGGCCUUUAUAUGAAAAGCAUCCCAUGAGCAAAUUUGCAUGGACAAUAGCUGAAGACACUGAUACUAUGGAAUGGUACAACAUCUGCCAAGAUGCCCUAAGAAAAGUCAAUGAAUCGUAUCAAGGAAAAGAGACUGCUGACAUCAUUCAAAACAAAGUUUUGCAGGCUCGAGAGGAGGAUGAGGAGAUUGAAUUCAAUUGUGCUAAUUACCAGCUUGAAAUAAUGAGAUGCUUGAGAGAACUCAAUGUUAACAACACUAUUGGAUGGAUUGGAACAUCAAAUAUUGGAGGCUGGAGCAGAUAUUUGGGUUACUUCAUCUUACCAGAUUAGCUCUGCUAUUGGUGGUACUUAUUUUAGCUCAUGAAUUGGAGGUAGUAGAGGAUGCAGAAUGCAAGUUUAUUUGAAGCCAAGUUUCAUUCAAGGUCAUUGAGUUCGGUUGAUAGAAGUAAUGUUUUGUAUAUGACAAUAUCGAACAAAUAUGUAAAGUUUUCGAAAUGUUGAUACAUAUAUGGUAAAAUGUUAAUAUAUGUUAAAGUUUUGGAA